CUCUCUCUCUCUCUCUCUCAUUGUGUGUCUUUCGCUUUCUCUCAGAGAUGCUUGACGCCAAAUAUUCUAAUCUCUUUUAUAUUACUGAAUACUUUGUAGAGCCACCAUCAUCUUUGGCCUUUCGUGCUUGUUCUCCCUUGUUGGUUGUUCACCUGCUGUCUACAUUUUCUUCUUUAAAUUUAUUAUUUAAAGACACAAUCUUUUUCUCGCGGCCUAGUUAAACAAAGAAGUUGUUUUCGCGUGUGUGUGUAACGCUCUCUUUGUGUUCAGUAUUCUCAAAAACCUUUCCUGGGGAGGCGUUUUCGUUGAGUCUCUUCUGUUUUUUUUACAGAGAUUAAGAAAGGGGGAUUCUUUUUGAGAUUACGAGGCAACCCAUCAAAGAUUCAGAAAGUCAUUGAGUAAAUAAACAAUCUCAUCGGAUUUUUCCUAUUAAUUAAACCCAAAAAAAAAAAAAAAGAAUGCGUGUUAAGUCUGUGAUUUUACUCAGAAUAUAAACUGGGGAAGGUGUUUUUGCAAAUGGGUUUCAUUAUUUUUCUCCAAUCUAAGGCAACAAUGGCUCUGUUUGACUACUGAGAGUGAGACGACCCACCAUGGAUCCGGAAACAGGGAUUUAUAAAAAUCAUGUAAAGAAAGAAUCAUGGAGAACAAUUCUGACUCUGGCUUAUCAGAGUCUUGGUGUUGUCUAUGGGGAUUUGAGCACUUCACCUUUGUACGUGUACAAGAGCACAUUUGCUGAAGAUAUUGAACACUCAGAAACCAAUGAAGAGAUUUUUGGCGUCUUGUCCUUCGUAUUCUGGACCCUCACUCUGGUUCCACUUCUCAAAUAUGUGUUUAUUGUGCUCAAAGCCGAUGAUAAUGGCGAAGGAGGGACAUUUGCUUUGUACUCGUUGCUAUGUCGUCACGCCAGAGUGAGUUCGUUGCCCAAUUGCCAAUUGGCUGACGAGGAGCUCACUGAUUACAAGAAGGAAAACACUGGCUCGUCGCUACAAUCCAGUUUCGGGACGAGGUUGAAGUCCACUUUGGAGAGGCAUAGGGUGUUGCAGAGAUUUUUGCUUGUUCUGGCCUUGAUUGGCACUUGCAUGGUGAUUGGUGAUGGUGUCCUCACACCAUCUAUUUCUGUAUUUUCUGCGGUUUCAGGGCUGGAGUUUUCUAUGUCCGAAAAGCAUCACAAAUAUGUAGAAGUUCCAAUUGCAUGCAUCAUUCUGAUAGGCCUGUUUGCACUUCAGCAUUAUGGAACUCAUAGGGUUGGGUUCUUGUUUGCUCCUAUAGUUCUGACAUGGCUUCUGUGCAUUAGUGCAAUUGGUCUUUAUAAUAUACUUCACUUCAAUCCGAGUGUGUACAAAGCACUUUCUCCACACUAUAUGUACAAAUUUUUAAAGAAAACUCAGAAAGGAGGCUGGAUGUCCCUGGGUGGAAUCUUGUUGUGUAUAACAGGUUCAGAAGCCAUGUUUGCUGAUCUUGGACACUUUUCACAAUUGUCAAUCAAGAUUGCUUUCACCUCUUUGGUUUAUCCAGCUUUGGUUUUAGCAUACAUGGGACAAGCUGCCUAUAUAUCUUCACAUCACACUGUUGGAAGUAAUCCUAAGAUUGGAUUUUACGUAUCUGUACCAGAGAAAUUGAGAUGGCCUGUUCUGGUAAUAGCUGUACUUGCUGCCAUAGUAGGAAGCCAGGCUAUCAUCACUGGAACUUUCUCAAUCAUCAAGCAAUGUUCUUCUCUGGAUUGCUUCCCAAGAGUCAAAAUAGUCCAUACAUCAUCCAAAAUCCAUGGUCAAAUUUAUAUCCCCGAAAUCAAUUGGAUCUUGAUGGUGUUAUGUUUGGCUGUUACUAUUGGUUUCAGAGACACAAAGCGUAUGGGUAAUGCUUCAGGUUUUGCAGUUAUCUCUGUGAUGCUGGUCACCACCUGCUUAAUGUCCCUAGUUAUUGUCCUAUGCUGGCAGCAGAGUGUCUUUGUUGCAAUUUGCUUUGUGAUCUUUUUUGGCACAAUCGAAGCUCUUUACUUCUCUGCUUCUCUUGUUAAGUUCACUGAAGGAGCCUGGGUUCCUGUUGCUCUUGCUCUCUCUUUCUUCAUUGUCAUGUAUGUUUGGCACUAUGGCUCAAUCAAAAGGUAUGAGUUCGAAUUACAAAACAAGGUCUCCAUUAACUGGUUGCUCAGCCUUGGUCCCAGCCUUGGAAUUGUACGAGUUCGUGGGAUUGGCCUCAUACACACUGACCUUGUAUCUGGAAUUCCUGCAAUCUUCUCCCACUUUGUGACCAACCUUCCAGCCUUUCACCAGGUCCUAGUUUUCCUCUGCAUCAAAUCUGUCCCAGUUCCCCAUGUUAGACCUGAGGAACGGUUUCUAGUGGGCCGAAUUGGCCCUAAAGAGUACCGUCUCUAUAGGUGCAUUGUGAGAUAUGGAUAUCGUGAUGUUCACAAAGAUGACAUGGAAUUUGAGAAUGAUCUCAUGUGUAGUAUAGCAGAGUUCAUACGCUCAGGAAGCCCUGAAUCCAAUGUUACAAGUGAAGAUUUGGGGAAGGAAGAUGAUAAAAUGACAGUUGUUGGGACACGUUCUACUCAUGCAGAUGGGAUUCAGAUGAGUGAGCAUAGCAGUGAAAUGAACGAAUCAGUGCAUAGAGAAAUAAGGUCACCACCCCCGACACAACGAAGGAAGAAGGUAAGAUUCAUCGUUCCAGAGAGUCCGAAGAUCAACAUGGGUACAAGGGAGGAAUUGCAGGAGCUAAUGGAAGCUAGGGAAGCCGGCAUUGCAUACAUACUUGGGAACACAUACAUGAAUGCGAAGAAAGGAUCUAGUUGGAUGAGGAGGUUUGCAAUCGACUACGGAUAUGAAUUCUUGAGGAGGAAUAGCAGGACAUCCAGCUAUGCACUUAGCGUACCACAUGCAUCUACUCUGGAGGUGGGCAUGAUCUACCAUGUUUGAUUUUGAUUAUACUAAAAUUAUAAUGUAAAUUGUACAUCUUUGUAAAGUUGUGCAAUAGUUGAAAGCCGAUGCAUUAUAUAUAGUGGUCGAAAAAAAUAUAUCCCAGCAAUUUAGUCA